CGAUUUCAUAUUUCAUUUUUUAAAAUGGUUUUUAAUUAGUUUUAUGAUUCUUAUCUGAAGUGUUAGUUAGCAGAGAUGAGUUUAUCAAAGUUUGGAGAUGCAGCAAGUCGGCUGAAGAUCACAAAAACUGGUGUUGUCUGUGGAGUUGUCGGACUUUCAUUGGCCGGAUGUCUUCUGCACAAAUCCGGAGUUGAUGUUAAGAAGAUUAUCUAUCAGGUGGUCGCUGUCAAUUCAAAACCAAUCACAACCAGUAACAAAUCAAACCAGAGCUCAUCAAGCUUGGCAGACACAACUCAGCAAACACAGAUAAACCAAAAAACUAAAAAUAUCAAUAAACGUUUUUACACCCAAUUGAAAAAAUUACUGAAGAUUGUUAUACCCAGCCUCCAAUCAAAAGAAUUUUUUGUUCUUAUCUGCCAUACUCUUACACUAGUGUUGAGAACAUACUUGUCUGUUGUGGUAGCUCGACUUGAUGGCUACAUUGUUCGUUCCAUAGUUAGAAAAGAUGGUGGCCAGUUUGCCAUGUCACUAAUCAGGUGGCUGCUGAUUGCUGUUCCUGCAACUUUUGUCAACAGUCUCAUUCGCUUCCUGGAAAGAAAGGUGGCCCUGAUGUUUAGAACGAGAUUGGUCAUGUAUGCGUAUGCACUCUAUUUCAAAGAUCAAACUUAUUACAGGGUGAGCAAUUUAGACAGUCGACUGACAAAUGUGGAUCAGAGGCUGACGGACGACAUCACAUCAUUCACUUCAUCACUGGCACAUCUCUACUCACACCUCACCAAACCGAUUUUGGAUGUUGUUGUCAUGUGCUUAACUCUCUACCACACUGCUAAACAAGUUGGGGCCAACAUUGGCGCAUCAACGUUGCUGGGCGGCACAGUCUUGUAUGCAACUGCAUUCGUCCUCAGAAAGAUUUCACCAAAGUUUGGUCAUUUGGUUGGAGUUGAAGCAGAUAAGAAAGGAUUGUUGAGGUCUGCCCAUUCACGAAUCAUCACAAAUGCUGAAGAGAUUGCAUUCUAUUCUGGUCACAAGCCUGAAGAGAAGCAGUUGAAAGGAUCAUACAAUGAACUUCUGAAGCAAAUGAAUGUUAUCUGCUGGAAGAAAUUGUGGUAUGUACAGAUGGAGCAGUUCCUCAUGAAAUAUCUCUGGAGUGCUUGCGGCCUACUCAUGAUCACCAUCCCCAUCAUCAACGCCAACGAACAUAUUGGUGUCAAAACCGAUGGGAAAGUUUUUUCAGACGAGUCGAUAGCUGAGAAGGAAGACAGCGUGAGUAACAGGACCCAACUCUUCACUACAUCUCGUUCACUGCUACUCUCAUUGGCGGAUGCUUUCGAAAGAAUGAUGUCGUCAUAUAAAGAGAUCACAGAACUGGCAGGAUAUACGCACAGAGUUGCAUACAUGUUUGAAGUAUUUGAAGAUGUGAAUAAGGGGAGAUAUGUUGUUGGCUCCUCCAACAUGCCACCAUCAGCAGCAGCAACAUCAAUGAUUGUUGCCCCAACAUCUCAACAGGCCCUCAACAAUGCUGCCAACAAAUCCCAACAACAUCAUCAACAACAACAACACAAAGCCAUCAACAAAUCAUGCUUUAUUGGAGUUGAUUAUAAUAGAAGAGGACUCAUCUUAGAAACCGACCACAACAUUUCAUUGGAGGAUGUUGCCAUUGUCACUCCGACUGGAGAUGUCGUUGUUAGGGGUCUGUCCUUCAAGGUGUUGGAAUCGAACAUGCACCUCUUGAUAACUGGCCCAAAUGGAUGUGGCAAGAGUUCGUUGUUUCGAAUUCUCAGUGGGCUUUGGCCGGUUUACGAGGGUCUCGUGUGCAAGCCCCCACCCAGAACCAUGUUCUAUAUUCCUCAGAGGCCCUACAUGACGAAUGGAACACUGAGGGAUCAAAUAAUCUACCCUGAUGAUGUUGAUGAUAUGACGAUGAAGGCAGUGAAUGAUGGUCACCUCGCCAAUAUACUCAACUUGGUCAGUCUCUCACAUCUUCUCGAUAGAAGUGAUAGAUGGGAUGCGGUCUGUGAUUGGAAGGAUGUCUUGUCAGGUGGUGAGAAGCAGAAAAUAGGGAUGGCUAGAAUAUUCUAUCAUAAGCCGCAGUUUGCCUUGCUGGACGAGUGCACAAGCGCCAUCUCAAUUGAUGUUGAGGGGCUAAUAUAUCAGGCUAUCAAAGACAGCAACAUCACAUUACUUACUAUCACUCAUCGACCAUCUCUUUGGAAAUUCCACACUGACGUGUUGCAGUUUGAUGGCAUGGGAGGCUGGAAGUUUGAGAAGUUGGAUAACGAAAGCAGGCUGACACUCAAUGAUGAAAAAGUGAAACUAGAACGUCAACUUUCUGGAAUCCCGCAAGCCGAGAAGAGGCUGAGAGAACUGUGUCUUCUGCUUGGUCAGGAGUCAGAAAUUCUCAAAGAAAGUGAAAAUGCAAGCGAACUGAUGAAAAAAAACAAUAACGAUGAUGACGUCGACGAUGACGAAGUCGAUGAAGAUGAUUACACUGAAAUAGCAAGAGAUUCUACACUAGUAAACGAAGAUGAUGACGAUGAUGGUGAUGACGACGUUGACGAUGUUGACGAUAUUUAAUUAAACUUUAAAAUUAAAGAACUAAAAUGUAUUCGUCAUUGUUGCAGUAUUGUAUUUUAUUGCAUUUGUAUAAAUGAAACAAACACGGAUGACUUAUGCAAGUUUGAGGAGUUGAAUGACGAAAGCAGGCUGACACUGAAUGAUGAGAAAGUGGAAUUAUGACGUUAAGCGUUAUAACGAACAUUGACGACUUUAAUAUACAUAUAAUUUAUGUAACUAUAUAAUUUUUAGUUUACAUAUAUUGAUGACGUACGCAAGUUUAAUCGUUAAAUGAACACAGACUGACAUAGACUAGACAUAUAUAUAUAUAUAUAUACACAAGUGCUAAUUUUACCUCACUUACAUACAUAAUCAAUCAUUCCAACAUUUACUCGACUUAAUCUGUUACUGCUCGUCUGAAAUUUGCCAUCGCCAGCUUCGCAAACUCUUUCGCGUUUAAGCCUAUUUAUUCUUCUCAAAACUACCGCGCAGUUCAUAUUUUAUAUGUAACGAUUACUCACGCACGCUAUCUGUUACUAUCUCAACCUAUCUGUUUCUUUGAACCUGCAAACAUGACAACAAUCGAGCAUUCAUAUAUAUAUGUCUGUUUUGUCUUUUAAUAGAUAAACUAAAUUUUUAAACUUCAUUUUUAGGCUGAACUUAACUACUGUUUACUUUAUUACAUAAAAUAAUGUAUUCAAGCGACAAAUAAAAGAAUACAGGAGCAUUACAUACAACAAUCAACAGCCAUGAUUUCUAAUUUGUUAAACCUUUUGUUUUUCAAUUUAAAUUUACUUUCAAAGUUUGCUCAUUUCCUAAUAAGAGUGGUGACUCACUGUGGCUGGCUGGUUUCUU